CGGCGUUGGAGGAAGGAGGACGUGGUGGAGGUGCGAGCUUUGAAAAUUCAUGAAUGAGUACAGAUUUUUUUAUCCCAUGAACACCAUUAAAAAAGGAAGCUGCUAAGAUCAUCAACAUGGCUACCAGACCUAAAGAAAAUAUUAUUUCACGCAUCAAUUUUUGCAUAGUUAAUGGACUUGAAAAAGCCUUUUACAAUUAUGGUGUUAUUAUUGCUCGUCGUCCUGCAGUAUUCAUGUGCAUAUGUUUGAUACUGACUGUACUAUGUUCCAUUGGUCUCAUGAAAUUUAGGAUGGAAGAACGACCUUUCAAAUUAUGGAUUCCACAAGACUCCGACUUCAUCAAAGUAAUGGAAUGGCAAAAGGAUAAUUUUCCAGCGCAGUUUCGAUUACAAAUGGCACUCUAUGAAGCAGAAAAUGUGUUGGAUAAAGAUGUCCUUCUAGAGAUGCUAAGGGUCCACGAAGCUGUCGUGAACACAUCAACAGAAGAUGCAACAUGGCAGUCCGUGUGUGCCAAGAUGCCAACUAUAACUGAAAAUUGGUUUGGCAGAAAGAGAAAGAGGAGGAGCCUCAAGAAGGAAAAUAUUUCGGGUAUUGAAACUGGUCCUUUACUAUUGUCAAGAGCAAAAAGAGAAGACAAUAGUUUGUUUGACUGGAGUACAUUUUUGGGUAGAGAUACUUAUUGUGGUUUUCUUGACAGCAUACCUCUUGAAUGCAUGGAACACAGCAUUCUCGAAGUCUGGGGAUAUGAUCAUGAUUUAAUAAGUGAUCUUACCCAGGAGGAGAUAAUAUAUGAUGUGAACACUGUAGACACAAGUGCUGUGUUUGGUUUUCCUGUCAAUUUCUCUCAUUACCUUGGAGGAGUAGAGUUUGAUGACUCAGGUCGGAUUAUCAAGGCAACAGCUUCUAGGCAGACCUGGAUCACAGAAGUUAACAUGACUGCUAUAGAAGCUGGAGAUUUUGUAGAUGAUACAGGAACUGGUACAGAGGUGGAUAGUAGAAGCUUCCAGUGGGAGAAGGAACUGGUAAAGGUUGUUUUGGAUGAAACAGAAAGACCAAAGAAUAUAUCUUUGUACUUUAUGGCAUCGGCAAGUUUUGGAAUGAUUGCUGGAGAUACAAUCGUAGGAGAUAUACAGUACUUAGCUGUUGGCUUUGGUGUAGUCUUUAUCUAUGUUCAAAUAAUGCUUGGGAAAUUUAACUUAGUGGAACAGAGACCUUUACUCUCUUUAAUGGGUCUAAAUUGUGUAGGAAUGUCUGUGUUUAUGUCCUAUGGCAUUUGUUCAGCAUUUGAUGUCCCAUUUGGUCCAGUUAAUAAUGUUCUGCCCUUCCUUCUUCUUGGCCUUGGAAUUGAUGAUAUGUUUGUCAUCAUGCAAGCUUGGAAUAAUCUCACACCAAAGGAGAAGAAAAAAGAUUUAGCAGAGAGAAUAGGUCUUGCUCUCAAACAUGCUGGUGUUUCCAUCACAGUUACAUCAGUAACUGAUUUUGCAGCAUUUGCCAUUGGCAGUGGGACUGUUUUACCAGCACUUAGAUCUUUCUGUAUUUUUGCCGCAGUAGGUAUUGCUGCUGUCUAUUUUUUUCAGGCUACAUUUUUUGUUGCCUGGUUUUCUCUUGAUCAGAAGCGAUUGGAAGACAAUCGACAUGGGCUUAUCUGGUGCUGGAAAUUGCAGAAUUGGACUCCUAAUAAGUGCAGUCAAAGGGAUCUCUGUCAGACAUUCUUUAGUAAUGUAUAUGCCAAGUACCUCUUGAAGCUGCCUUGUAAGGUGUUGGUACUGGUUGUAACUCUUGCCCUUUUGGCAGUUUCUGGAUGGGGGCUCUCAAACUUGCGCCAGGAGUUUAACCCAGUUUGGUUCCUUCCGCAGAAUUCUUAUCUCUUCAAGUUUUUAAUGAAGCAGGAGCAUUACUACCCAGCUUCAGGUGAACGAGGUACAAUAUACUUUGGUCAUAUGAACUACUUGGAAGAACUGCCCAAAAUUGAUAAAUUAAUGAUUGCAAUGGAGGAGAAUGAAGACAUUAGUGAAAUAGACAGUUGGUAUUUGAGUUAUAAGAAAUACUGGGAAAAGCAAGGGUAUGAAGUGCCAGACCCAGAAGAAACCCAAGAAGAAUUUUUAGAUCAGUUGUCAUUGUUUCUACAUUCCCCAAGUGGAUCAAAAUAUCGAGCAAAGAACUUCAAUUUUGAUGGCGAAGUGAACUGUACUGAUCCAGCGCCACCUAUUUUAGCUUCAAGCAUAGACUUCAAGCACCGACCACUGUCUCUCUCUCGAGAAAAGAUCAAAGCCAUGGAUGAUUUGAAGGCUAUUGUUAAAGAGAUGAAUUUCAGUGGAUUUGCAGAACCAUAUUCAAGAAUUUACAGUGGAUGGGAAACUGACAAAAUUAUUGAGAAAGAGCUGUACCAGAAUAUGGGACUUGCUAUGGCUGUAGUGUUUCUGGUGACACUUAUUCUAAUUGCCAACUUUGUAACUAGUGUGAUGGUGCUUCUUUGUGUGAUAAUGACAUUGAUUGACGUAGGAGCAUUAAUGCAUUGGUGGGGCCUCACUAUUGACACAGUGUCUUGUAUUGACAUUGUGUUAGCAAUUGGUCUAUGUGUAGACUAUGCUGCACAUAUCGGCCAUACAUUUAUGACUCAGACUGGCACAAGGGACGAACGAGCUAGACUCACUGUAGCCAAAAUUGGACCAGCUGUUCUGAAUGGAGGCUUCAGCACUUUCCUGGCAUUUGUAUUCUUGGCAAACUCAGAUUCUCAUGUUUUCAUGACAUUUUUCAAGAUAUUUUUCGCGGUUGUUUUGUAUGGACUCCUUCAUGGUCUCGUAUUUUUGCCUGUUUUAUUAUCCCUCAUUGGGCCAGCUUCCUAUCCCAAAGAAAAAGAGGAUGAUGAACAGGCAGAUGGUGAAGAUUCAUGUCCAUUCACCCCCCAGAAGAAAGCUGAUGAACAAAACGAAGAGCCAGACCAUUGCACUAAUUUGUUAGAAAAUGAUACAGAUCUGAAGAAUGACCCAAAGAGUGGUAAGUGCAAAGAAACAGUAAGUCUAAGAAUGUCAGAGAACAGCAAUGACAAAAGUAGUCUGUGUGUGGGGGAGCCAAGUGUACAAAUAGUGAGUAGUCGUACUUAGUGUGGUCUUUUCUUCUUGCUAUUGUUAUUACUGCAGAUAGCUUCUGUUCAGUCUUUAUUCUUUCUUUGACAAGAUAAUUUUACCUUUGCCUGUUUUUUUUUCCUUUCUUUCUUUCUUUUCUUUUCUUUUUUUAUAUCAUUUACUUGUAACUUUCUGAAUUUCUCAGAAGAAACCAAUAGAUUAUUUUUAUAGAUCUGUUUGCUCAGUCAAAAAUUUGCCAAUGCUUUGGUUUGGCCAAUGAUUAUUAUAUUUGAUAAAUAAUAGCUCAUCAGUAUCUUCAUGAAAUUGUAUGUAAUUACAAAAUUACUUUUAUGCUUUCUUUUGUGUUCUGUUCUGUAAGUGAUAUGGCAAUUAUGCUAUGCAUUCAUGGGUCUUGGUGCAUGUAUUUUGCCUUCUUCCCUUCCUGUUAUGUUGACAUGAGCAUUUUAUAAUGGUAAAGUAAUAUGAUCCAUGCUUAAAAAGCAUUUUGCUGAGCUUUAUGUACAUAGCCUUUUUUUUAUAUUUUGAAAUCUAAUUUUUUUUUUCCUAGCCACUUGGUAUUGUAAACAUUGAGAACUUAACCCACCAAUGCCAGAUAUACGUACUGUACAAUAUAGUUUUGUUUAUACAUAGACGGCCCAACAAAUGCUCAGGCAAGAAGCCUAUGUAGCCUUACCUAUUUCUCCAUUCCCUGAAUUUUCAAAUAUAUAUAUAUAGAUUUUUUUCUUUUAAUGGUAUCAAUAUCAGUACUGUCAUUAUGAUCAUCAUUAACUUUAUAAUCAUUAUAUUGUCAUCAAAAUACUAUGAGCAAUAGAACUUUAAACAUGUUUCCAAAAACCAAGAAAAGAGAAACCAGGUGAGAUAUUGAGAUUGGUAAUGGACUCCAUGGUGACUCAGCAUUUGUGAAGCCAUCUGUAUGGAAACACAAUAAAGAUACUUAAUUCAUAGUGGACAUGGCCCAUACAUAGAUGCCAUCCCUGGUAGCAGUGAAUUUAGGCUGAGUUAGUAGUUUGUUUGGAAAGUGAUGUUUUUUUCCAUUUUGAUGUAAAUUGCCUAGUGGUUAGAAUCAUUUUGUCUUUAAAUGUAGAAAGCACUUUAUGUUGCCAAACAAUAAAUGUGAGAAAUCCAAAAACUAACCAAUUCUGCAGGAGAAAAUUAAAAGUUAGGGAAUGAUGUGGUAAAUAUUCAUUCUGAGUUGAGUGAUAGAUACAGAUCUGAAGUAAGAUCUGCCUUAAUUGUUUCUUCAUGCUGUUGAAUCAAGUGUUUAGUCUAAAACUUCUUUGAUUUUGUUUGUAGUGAAGAAUAUCCUGUUUAUGUCACAGGGACAUACUUUGCAGACUAGGAAUUUUGAAUUUACAGCAUUAAUACUGCUAGACUUUUUAGCAACUUUUUUAGUAGUCCAGUCUUUGCCCCAGAAGGCAGUCAUUUUAGGUAUAGAUAUGAGAAUAUGAAAAAUAUGGGUACAUGCAUAGAUUCCUUUUUUUGUUGUUGUUUUAUAUGUGUGUGUGUGUGUGUGUGUGUGUGUGUGUGUGUGUGUGUGUGUGUGUGUGUGUGUGUGUGUGUGUGUGUGUGUGUGUGUGUGUGUGUUUGAAGUUUUAUCAUUGAAAUUCAUAUUUGAAAGAAAUUUAUAUUCAGUCAUAUGAGAUUUUUGAGUAAGCCUUUAAGGGGACUGUUUGCCUUGCAUAUUGCCAAAAGUGCAAAAGUUGGGAAAUGUAUACUUAUUUUUUCUCUCUUUUUUCUUUUCUUUCUUUGAUAACCUGUUUUUAAGUUUAUAGAAAAAAAAUAUUGUCCAACUGAUUUUAUUUAUUUUUAGAAAAUUAUAUAUAUAGUAUUGAUAUAUGUUUUAACUCCUUCUUUAGAGUUGAAUCUCCUGGAUGUGUGGUUUAUAGGCCCAACCUCCAUGAACCCUCUUGUUGUGUCAAGAUUUCUUACCUCCCCCUUGUAGUGUUAUCCUUUUUUCUUCAUAAGUGUUUUUUUUUUUUUUUUUGCCAUAUUCCAAUAUCUUUCCUUGUACAGACUCAUUAGUGUCUCUCUAAGUAGUCUCUAAAUCAGUCCAAUAAAAUUUAUCAAUAGAUAAUUUUUUUUUCCUUCUCUUUUCUUUUUUUCCUUUUUUGGGGGGGUUUCCUUCUUGGAGCUGGUGCUUUUCUGGUCAUGGCUCACAGAUGGCACAUUUCACACUCAUUUACCAGUGGAACUAAUACAAGAACCCCUUCCUAAAUGCCCACUAAGUCCUUCAAGAAUUUUUUGCACUUGUUGCCAGUCAUUCUCAUCACCCGGGGCAUCAACCAAAUUUUUCAUGGCAGCAUGUUGCUGUCAGCCAGGCUCUCAGUAUGAUUUUUCCAUGAUGGCAUAUUCCUGUCAUCUGGCCCUCAGCCAAAUUUUUUUCAUGAUGUGAUGGUCACGUCACCUGGAUCUAAGGGGUUGACGUAAGUUAUCUUUAGACAGGAAGAUCCACUCUCUCUUGAUGAAAAUCCUUUUUGGCAACUUCUGAGGUUAGCUCAUACUCAUCACCUGUAUUCCUUGCAAAUAUUAUUGUUAUUAUUAUUAUUAUUUUUUUUCUUGGUUUUGUUUUUGGUCAUUUUUUCUAUUUUCUAUUUUCAUGGAAAUUGCACUGAAAACACACUGUAAGAUAUCACACAAAUUGUUUGGGUCAAAAAAGGUGGUGGAGCUAAUGAUGUCACUACACUUAACCAGUGAGCGUUCACCAUGAGAUAUCAGUUAUAGCUAGAUACACAGUUAUUUGUAUGAUAUACUUGAUAUUGUUAUACUUACCAGAAGUUAAGCCAAAAUUCCCUUGUUAUUCUUGAUAAAUAAGCCUACCUGACAUCACCUUCUUACCCCAAUCCUGUAAUUUUUAGGAAGAAAAGUUUUCAUUUCUAAUGCUCUUAUUGUAGUUAUUAAUGUUAUUAUUAUCAUUAUAGAUAUUAUUAUUAUGAUAAUGUUAUGAACAUUACCAAUAGUAGUAAUGAUAAAAAAGGAAAAUUCAUGUAGAGUAAACAGGCGAGAUCAGGUAUGCCAGAUAAUUGACAUCUUGUUGACCAAACACUUGUGAAACCAUCUCUCUGUAAAUACAAAUGAUAAAUUAGUAUCAUAGUUAACAGAGCAUGUAUAUAUGCCCUCCUAUUAUCACUGGGUUAACCCAUUGCUGCCGGGGAAAAUGAACAAAAAAUGGGGGAAAUGCAGUACUCAUUUUUUAUAUUUUUGUGAAAUAUCUCUGCCCAUAGAUGGCUCUGCUAGUCCUGAUUUCACCUUUCCUUGAAUUGGCAGGAAAAAAUGUAUUCUUACUAGUGCUAUAAAUAUAGAUGGUGUUAUUUUUAACAGCAAAUUAGGAUAACGUUAAAUAUUUUCGUAAGUCGAUGAAAAGGGUGAACGGGCGAGACAGGCAGUACUCGUAAUUGGCUCAUUGGUGACUUAGUACAAGUGUAGCCAUCUAUGUGUAAAAACAAUCAAACAAGUCGACUCACAGUGGGCAUGACAUGUACAUACAUGCCAUCCCUGGCGGCAAUGGGUUAACAUGUGUAUUCCGGGCACCCACAGAGGAUUGGGCAAGAACAGUAAUAAACCCAGCUCUUCUUACCCAUUUUUUCCCAACUUUCACUUCUUUGAAUAAUAGGUCAAUGUAGACCAUUUACUUAUGAUAAUAACAUGUUCAUUAGUCACCAUUAUUCCUUUCUUUUUAACUGUAUAUGUGUUACUUCCCAACUAAAGAAUUCUCCAAGAACUGCAUUACAAUCUCAUAUCCUUAUUCUAUCUCAGAAACUAUGACCAGAAAGUUACACAAAAGAGGGCAGGUGGAGCUUUAAAAAAUCUUUCUCUAUUUCUCAAAUUACAAAAAAAAAGAGAUAAGAGUUGUAUAAACAAAAAUAAAAUGGCAUUGAUUGGAAAGGUCUUGCUAAAAAAAAAAAUCAGUGAGAAAUAAAGUAAAAUUUGCGAUGGAACUCGGACAGUCCCCUUAAAUGUAUGCUUGUUUUGUUGUAUUCUUGUAGCGUGCCAAAUGAUAUUCAGUAUCUCUCUAUAUUUUUUUUUCUUGAAAGAAGGAAGCAGAGUCGGAAAAUUAGGGGAAAAAAACAGGUUGAGAAUAUUUAGGAGAGUUUUAGGGAAAGCUUUUAGUAUAGUAUCCCUCAUAAGUAUAUGAAGAUUUUUGUAUAAUGUGUUUUUGAAGUUCAGGUACUAUGGUUUAAAAUUGGUAUUACAUGUAACAUAUGUAUCAUAUUUUGUAUGCUUUUACUAAAUUGAACUGAUUUCUCUUUCAUGCAUCCAAACAUACAGAAGACAGAGCAGCAGUGCUCCAUGUAUCAAGUAUUUGAAUCUCUCAUUCUCUCUUUUUCUCUUCUCCUUUGUUAUCCCCUCCUCUCCUCUCCACGCACAUGUGUGCACACGCUCAUGCGCUCUCUCUCUCUCUCUCUCUCUCUCUCUCUCUCUCUCUCUCUCUCUCUCUCUCUCUCUCUCUCUCUCUCUCUCUCUCUCUCUCUCUCACACACACACACACACACACACACACACACACACACACACACACACACACACACACACACACACACACACACACAC